UUUGAUUGAUCAAUUUUAUUCAUCUUGUUUUUAUCAUUUUCGUUGGCUGGUGUCUUCAACUCUGGAGCGGUGGUCGGAGAAGCGGCGAAAGACGGAGGCGAAUAUCAGGUCGGCGGUGGUCGGAGAGCAAUGAAAUUGAAUUACUGAAUUUCUUCAAUGGUGGAGAGAAGAAGAAAACCUCUGGUUCUGUGUUCAACGAAAAAUAUCAUCAAUUCGGUAUUGAAGAAAUCUUCAACUAAUGAAUUCCCUAACUUGCAUUUACCGGUUGGAAUUCUCCGAUUUUCCAACAAUUUGCCUUCUUCUUUUCACGACGACGACUCUGCACUCAUUGCUCUCUCCACUUCUCUUCUCAAAACACUUUCCAUCACUUCUGGUUCUCCGGUUAUGGUCAAGAAUGCUGAAAUGAACACACAAAGAAUUGCAGUGGCUAUUGCUCUAGACCCUCCUGGCAGUGACACCCCUACCCUUGAUAUAGAUCACUCACCAUCCUCUUCUUCUAGAAUAAUGCUUGUGUUUCCUUCCUGUGAUUUCCCUUUAAGCUGCCCCUUGUUAAAUGCUGAAAUUGCGUAUUUGUCUCCUCUUUUGGCCUUUAAUCUUAACUUGCACAUUUCAUGUUUGAAAUCUAUUAUUCGCAAUGGUCAAGAUGCUUUGUCGUCUUAUUUCAAACCUCAAUGCCAAGUGGGUGAUGAAGAUGCAGCUAAAAGCAUUGAAGAUUCUGUCAUUAAUAUCGAGUUGGAGCCUCUGGCUGAACCUCCCAGAUUUGCCUCCCUUCUGAGGGUUGCUUUUGUCAAGAUACCAGAAUGUGGCGUCCUUGAUUCCAUUAAACCAACUUCAGAUGUUGAAUCCAAAGAACGUCAAGAGAUGAUUGACUUGGCUUUGCAGAAGUACUUUGAAGUCGAUAGAUAUUUGUCAAGUAGAGAUAUUUUCAGAAUUAACAUUAGUUGGAAUUGUAAUUCCACUAUUUGCAUUCCUUGUAACCACAAAAUACAAAACAAAAGUGACAACUUUAUCUGUUUUAAGGUAUGUUUACCUCUUCCCUCUUAUAUUUUUAAGUUUUGUGAAACUGUGUCAGGUUCUUUGUUAGGCAGUAACUUAUACCUUCAGGUCAUUGCUAUGGAACCAUCAGAUGAACCAGUUCUUCGUGUCAAUAAAACCUUAACUGCUUUGGUGUUAGUAGGGAGUUCCCCAUCUGCCCUUCCUCCGGAUUUGCUAAUUGCUGGACCAGAAGGGACUGUGCCUUUGCAAAGGGACACAGUGAAGACCUUGGCUUCAAUACUAGCACCAACAUUAUGUCCAACUGCACUUUCUUCCAAGUUUAGAGUUUCAGUGUUAUUGUAUGGCUUGGCAGGUUGUGGGAAAAGGACUGUUGUUAGAUAUGUUGCUCGACGACUAGGCUUGCAUGUGGUGGAAUAUAACUGUCAUGAUCUAAUGGGCUCCGAGAGAACAUCUGUUGCUCUCGCUCAAGUUUUCAAGACUGCUCAAAGAUACUCGCCAACAAUACUUCUUCUUCGUCAUUUUGAGGUUUUCCAAGAUUCACAAUCACCCGAGGUUUCACAAAAUGAUCAAAGAGGCAAUACAUCUGAAGUUGCAUCAGUCAUUAGGAAAUUCACUGAGCCAGUUGGCGAACAUGGUGAUAGUAACUCCUUGGUGAAAUCAAACGGAGAAUUUGUGGAGAAAACUUCUGAAAAGACAAGUGGGCACCAGGUCCUGUUGAUUGCGGCUGCUGACAGUUUAGAGGGUCUACCUUCAACUAUCAGACGCUGCUUUAGCCAUGAAAUAAGCAUGGGGCCUUUAACAGAAGAGCAAAGGGCUGAAAUGCUAUUGCAUUCACUUCAAAAUGUUUAUGGACUCCACUCUAAUACUGAUUUAGAGGGUUUUGUAAAAGAAAUAGUUGGACAGACAUCUGGUUUCAUGCCCAGGGAUAUGUGUGCUUUAAUUGCGGAUGCUGGUGCCAGCUUAUUUCCCAGGAGCAAUGCCGAAGUAGACAAAGAUGAACCUGAAGAUACAGAUAGUUCUCUUAGUUCCAAGGUGACGGAGGACAACAACCAGUCAAAAGUUUCAGCUCUGAAACCUGGGAAAGAAGACUUGGUGAAUGCUUUGGAACGAUCCAAGAAAAGAAAUGCAUCAGCAUUGGGUACGCCAAAGGUUCCAAAUGUAAAAUGGGAAGAUGUUGGUGGGCUUGAAGAUGUCAAAAAAUCAAUCCUGGAUACUGUUCAGUUGCCUCUCUUGCAUAAAGAUCUAUUUGCAUCCGGAUUACGGAAGCGGUCUGGUGUUCUUUUGUAUGGCCCCCCUGGAACUGGCAAAACUUUAUUAGCAAAAGCUGUUGCUACAGAAUGCUCCUUAAAUUUUCUUAGUGUGAAAGGUCCUGAACUGAUCAACAUGUACAUAGGAGAGUCUGAGAAGAAUGUUCGAGACAUUUUUCAGAAGGCCAGAUCAGCACGUCCAUGUGUCAUAUUCUUUGAUGAGCUUGAUUCUCUUGCACCAGCUCGGGGAGCUUCCGGAGAUUCUGGAGGUGUUAUGGACAGAGUUGUUUCACAGAUGCUUGCAGAAAUUGAUGGCUUAAGUGAUUCAACACAGGAUCUAUUUAUUAUAGGUGCAAGUAAUAGACCGGAUUUGAUAGAUCCGGCACUUCUUCGCCCUGGUCGUUUUGAUAAAUUGUUAUAUGUUGGAGUUAACUCUGAUGCAUCAUACAGAGAGAGGGUACUGAAAGCUCUAACGCGAAAGUUCAAAUUGCAUGAAGAUGUUUCACUUUACGACAUUGCAAAAAAGUGUCCACCAAACUUCACCGGCGCAGACAUGUAUGCCUUGUGUGCAGAUGCUUGGUUCCUCGCGGCAAAGCGCAAGGUUUUGAAUGCAGAUCCAGAGUCCUCCAACCCAGAUAAUGAAGCAGAUUCUAUUGUUGUUGAAUACGACGAUUUUUUCCAGGUCUUAGAAGAGCUUCAGCCUUCCCUCUCCACGGCUGAGCUUAAGAAGUAUGAGCUUCUUAGAGAUCAAUUUGAAGGAACCUCUAAAUGAAUUUUGGACUGAAAAACAAACAAUCAAUCAUCAACCAUUAAUUUUGCUGGUAUACUAGGGCGCCAAAGUUCUUGCAGUUAUACUACGUACGUACGCAUUGGCUCACAAGAAUGAAAUCCUAGCCAUUAGAUUGAGAUUGGACAGCUUACAUUUCAACUUCACCAAAUCUGAAUACAAGUUGUGCAAUCAAUGAGAUGAGAUCGGAUAAUCGAGAUCUAUAAAUGUGUGACUGCAUGGAAUCUGUUUUCAAACUUUUGAAUUUGUAUAUAAUAAGUUUCCAACGAUGUAAUAGAGCACAGCCAAAAUAAGCUUCCAACCAUGUAAUAGAGCACAACCAAAAUAGAUGUAUGAAUAGAUUUCCAUAACCUAAUUAUCAUUAUUAUUAUUUUUCGGAAAA